ACGCUUUCUAUUGCCACAACUUCCACCACACCCUCCAAUAACUGACGUCUGCCCAAAUAGCGUACUACCAUAGCUCGCUAGUCCGACGCUUCAAUCAUGGGAGAGGUAGCGAUCAAAGUCAAGUGGCAAGGGAAGACGUACGAUGUCGAGAUCAGCCCCGAGUCGACGGGCGAGGAGCUCAAGAUGCAGCUGUACAGCCUCACCAACGUGGAACCGCAGAACCAGAAGCUGCUGGCGAAGAAGAUGAUCAAAGAUGAUACGCCCCUCUCCUUCCUCAAACCCGGCACAACCAUCACAUUAAUGGGCUCGGCUUCGGCAGACGUCGUGAUGGAUCGGCCUGCAGAGAAGAUGAAGUUUGCGGAAGACAUGACGGAAGCAGAACUGGCGCAGCAGGCGGGCGCGAUGCCGGCGGGCUUGCAGAACACGGGCAACACCUGCUACGCAAACGCCACGUUGCAGACAUUGCGUGCCAUUCCGGAAUUGCAACAAGAGCUGCUGGGUUACAAGCCGAACAUCGCCGCUCCGGGACCGUCGAGUAACCUCUUCUCUGCCGAACAGCUCGCCAACUUCGGCAUCGGCGGGUUAGGUGGAGGUAACGACCUCGCGUCAGCAUUGAAAGACUUGUACAAACAGAUGAGCGAGACUCAGCACGGCUUCCCACCCAUCAUGUUCCUCACCACUCUGCGCCAGAAGUUCCCGCAAUUCGCAGAACGGGCGAAAUCCGGCCAUGGGUACGCACAGCAAGAUGCUGAAGAGGUGUGGUCACAGCUCAUCCAAGUCUUACACGAGUCGCUCAAGCUACAAAACGGCGGGCAAGAUGGUUUUGGAAGCUGGGUGGCGAAGUACAUGGGUGGCAAGUUCGAGGUCACAACCAAGUGCGACGAGACGGAAGAGGAAGAGGUGCAGGUGCAAGAGGAAGACUUCCACGACUUGAAAUGCAACAUUGCAGGCGAUACGAAUCAUCUCUCCGAAGGCAUGCGCAUUGCCCUGAAUGAGAAGCUGGAGAAGAACUCACCCACGCUCGGCCGCGAAGCAACUUACACCCGCACAUCACGCAUCUCCCGCCUACCCAAACACUUACCCAUCCACCUCGUGCGCUUCUUCUGGCGCAAAGACACGAAGAAGAAGGCCAAGAUUCUGCGAAAGAUCACCUUCCAGCACGAGAUCGAUGUGACGGAGUUCUGCACCGAUGAGCUGCGCAAGAAACUUGUUCCCGUGCGCGACAAGGUGCGGGAGAUUAGGAAGGAGGAGGAAGAUGUCGAGCGGGCGAAAAAGAGACAGAGGCGCAUGAAGAAGGAGUGGGAGGAUUCCGUUGGGACGGAGGGGAAGGUGCGGGGUGAUGAACCCAUGCAGAAGCGGAAGGAGAAGGAGAAGGAGCGGGAACUCAAAGCCAAGGGCGGUCCGGCGACGGAAGGAGAGCUGAAAGCGGACAAGGAGACGGCGCGGAAAGACGGCGAGGACACGCCCAUGGCUGGCACGGAGGAGCAGAAGUUCAAAACCGACGAGGAGAUCGAGAAGGAACGCGCAGAAACAAUCUUAUCAAUGAAAAAGGACCUCCUCGCCGCCGUCCACCCGGACCUGAAAAAGGAUCCCACCGCCAACCAGACGGGCCUCUAUGAACUCCGAGCCGUGGUGACGCAUCAGGGCUCUUCGGCCGAUUCAGGACAUUAUACGGCAUAUGUCAAGAAGACUGCGGCGCGGAAGGGUGAGGCGGAGGAUGGGAAGUGGUGGUGGUUCAAUGAUGAGAAAGUUUCUGAGGUGGAGGGUGAGAAGAUUGAGACGUUGGCGGGGGGUGGAGAGUCGCAUUCGGCGUUGAUCUUGCUGUAUCGGGCCGUGGAGUUGCCGGUCAUCGACGAGAAAGGCCAGGAUGGAGUGAAAGCGUGAGCGGAGGUGGUUUUUGCCCGUCUGCUUGACGUCGUGCUGAUACAGCUGGGUCGGAAGUGAAGGCUGACAAGCAUAACACAAAGUAUCUCUUUUCAUUUUCCUCCACUGUCAGGCGCUGUAGUGAGUGGAAAGGAACCACAUUGUCACGCCCUUCCUACUCCUCAGUAGUAGACCCAGGGCCCUCUUUGCAAGCGUUCCGAGAUGGAGAUGUGUGAGCGUGGC